AUGACUGCAUGUGAGGCGUGCCGCUCUGCGAAGGUUAAGUGCAACGGGCACCGAAACUGUGAGCUAUGCAGGAACCGCGGUCAUCGUUGCACAUACGCUCCACCGCUGAAUGCGCAGAACAGCAAUGAGGUUGUAAAUGAGAAUAUUGGAGCUGAACCGAGAGUGACGUCCAAAACCCAGACGACGCCAGACCCGAUGUCGGUCGACCUAACGGGUGAUAUCUUUUCCAUCCCCGGCGGUAGCUCAGGCACGGUUCCGUCGACGAUACAUCCUAGUUUAGUAGUGGAAGGGGAGCACUGGCAGGAGCAGACUUCCUACUACUCCCAAAAAUUGUUGCUCUCUGACUAG